GACUUGCUUCUUCAAUUCCUAGUGCUUCCUGACUUUUAGAUCCAUAUCUAGCGAGAGUAAAAUAUAUAUCUAAACAUGAGUGUUCCAUCAAAAGACGAGUAUGGGGCUCCAUCUGAUCUUCCUGAAAUGGAAUACCGAUUCGUGGGCCAUUCAGGAUUACAGGUCUCUGCCAUCUCACUGGGGGGCUGGCUUACUUAUGGAGGACAUGUGGAUGAAGAGAAAGCACAUGCAUGUCUGGAGGCUGCAUACAAUGCUGGCAUCAAUUUCUUUGAUUGCGCGGAAGGAUAUGCAGGUGGUGAAAGUGAGAAGGUUAUGGGAAGGGCAAUUCAGAAGUUUGGGUGGAAGAGGAAUGAUAUUGUUGUUUCUACGAAGAUCUACUGGGGCACCCAUAACUCCUCCCUCCCCUCCCCCCGAAACAAAAUCAACAACCUAGGCCUCUCGCGCAAGCAUCUCCUCGAAGCGACCUCGGCCUCCCUCUCCCGACUCCAACUCUCCUAUGUCGACAUCCUCUAUGCCCAUCGCCCCGACCGGCACACCCCGAUCGAGGAAACCGUUCGCGCCUUCAACCACCUGAUUUCCACAGGCCAAACGCUCUACUGGGGAACUUCGGAAUGGCUUGCCUCCGAAAUCGAAGAAGCCUGGGCAGUAGCCGAUCGCCUUGGACUAAUUGGCCCAAUCGUCGAACAACCCGGAUACAGUCUCUUAAACCGGAAGAAAGUCGACGAGGAAUUCGCAAACGCAGGACUCUACUCUCGUCGUGGCCUGGGGUUGACCAUCUUCUCUCCACUCCAAGGCGGCAUUCUAACCGGCAAAUAUAUCGACGGAAUCCCUGAGGAUUCCCGGCUCAAAAAGAGUGACGAUAAGUACAUCCAAUCGGUGUCGAAGAAUGUGGGCAGCGAGGCAUGGAUUCGGCAGCAAGAGGUUGUGAGGAAGUUGAAAGCGGUGGCGGAGAAGUUGGGCACAGAUACGGCGACGUUGAGUAUGGCGUGGGUGCUCAAGAAUCAGAAUGUGAGUUCAGCGAUUACGGGCGCAAGCCGGCCGGAGCAGAUCUGGCAGACUGUGCGGGCACUAGGUUUAAUUAAGAGGUUAGACGAGGGGGUGAUGGAGGAGAUUGAAGGCGUUGUGGGGAAUAGGCCAGAGAGGUUGACGAUGAGGUUUGGGUAGUUUGGGGGGUUGCAGAAGGGGAGGAUGGCGUUAUGAUAUCCGACCUUGCCAAGUGCUUAUUGGCUUUGUUACGGUGACUAGGGGAUCCGUUAUUCGAGCAGGGAGAGGAUAAUAGUUACCAGUAUCUAGUGAAGAGGGUGUACAGCCCUAUACCUCUGCAGAUGUAACUGUUAGCAGGGUGUGAAAGAAUAGAGGAAGAGGUAGAGUAAAG